AACCAUACGCAUCUUCCAGAUCACGAAGAAGGAAGCAAGAUGACUGAACCGGUGAAGCUCAUCGGCGCCUUCGGCAGCCCGUUCGUCCACCGUGCGGAGGUGGCCCUGCGCCUCAAGGGAGUCGCCUACGAGCUCAUCACGGAAGACCUGUUCAACAAGAGCGAGCUGCUGCUCCGCCACAACCCCGUCCAUCACAGGGUGCCCGUGCUCCUCCACGGCGACAAGGCCAUCUGCGAGUCGCUGGUCAUCCUCGAGUACAUCGACGAGGCCUUUGAUGGCCAGCCGCUCCUGCCAACCGACCCCGGCGAGAGGGCCGAGGCCCGCUUCUGGGCCAAGUUCUUUGCGGAAAAGUGCCUGAUGUCGGUGUGGCUGGCGCUGUGGACGGAGGGCGAGACACAGAAGGUUCUCAUGAAGGAUGCUAAGGAACAUCUGGCGAUAGUGGAGACACAGCUCAAGGAGAAGAGAUUCUUCGGAGGCGUUGCCAUCGGCCUCGCCGACAUCGCCGGCGCCAGCGUGCUGUCCCACUGGGCUGGCGUGCUGCAAGAGGUCGCUGGGAUAACCAUCAUGAGCGAUGACGAGUAUCCUGCUAUUCGCCGGUGGAUGGAGGACUACAACGCCGACGAAGUUGUCACGGAGUGCCUGCCGGAUCGGGACCAGCUUGUGUCCCACUUCACCUCUAUCAGAGGGAAGUGCGUCGCCGCGGCCAAGUCCAUGCUACCCAAUUAUCUAGCCACCAAAUAGACCUAAGCGGCUAAGCUUGUGGUUAGUGUGAUGCCUGUGGGUUGAAUUACACGAAGAUCUGUCGUAAAAUAAGACAUAGGGGCAGUUGAUGGAA